AUGGCAGCGGGCGGUGCACAUUCUGUAGGCGGCCCUGGCGAGCGGCGUGGACAUGGGAUCUCCAAGCGUCCAGCUCCUGGCCAUGCUCCUUGUCCUGGGGCUGUGUGCCUGGCGGGGGCCCAGAAACCUUCCCCCUGCCGGUGCUCUCGGAUCGCAGUGGAAAACAGGAAGAACUGCGGCUUCCCAGGCAUCACCCCCGACAGGUGCUUCAGCAUUGGCUGCUGCUUCGACUCCAAAAUCCCCAAUGUCCCCUGGUGUUUCCACCCACUCCCGAAGCAAGAGUCGGAGCAGUGUGUGAUGGAAGUGUCGACCCGGAGGGACUGCGGGUACCCGGGCAUCAGCCCCAAGGAGUGUGCAUCUCGAAAGUGCUGUUUUUCCGACAACAUCGUCAACGUGCCCUGGUGUUUCUUCCCGAUCCUCGUGGAAGGUGCCGACAGCCGCCGGCAUUCCCAUGGUGGCUUGUGUGACGGCCGCAGAGAGCAAGUCACCUUAGGCACAUCCCCGGAUCCCGGCCCAGCAGGUGGCACUGCCCAAGUGACUGCCAAGGAGCCGUGGGUCGUCAGUGCCACUGAGUGUCACACGCUGUGCCGGGCGCUGGGGGCAGACGGGGAGCUUCUCCUGUGGGCCUCGCUGGGGACCUGGGAGCAUGAGGGACAAGUUCUGCCCACGACGGCCUGCUCAGGGCCACCUCGGCGGGGGGGUGUCUGGUCCUCCCCUCCCCUGUAG